CUCCGCUUCCGGAUAACCAACCAAUCACGCGCCUGUAAAUGUACAAUAAAUAGGACGUAAUUUCCUCCCUGCGCUCUCUUUUCGCCGUGCGGUCAGAUCUCCAUACGGCGUUGUCUCCUGCUUCCCAAUAAACUCGUAACUCAGGGAAAGUGGUCACGAUGUCCGGAGGUCUAGAUGUCCUUCAAAUGAAGGAGGAGGAUGUGCUGAAGUUCCUGGCGGCAGGAACCCACCUGGGAGGAACCAACUUGGACUUCCAGAUGGACCAGUACGUCUAUAAGAGAAAAAGCGACGGUGUGUACAUCAUCAACCUAAAGAAGACCUGGGAAAAGCUUCUGCUGGCAGCCAGGGCCAUUGUUGCCAUUGAGAACCCAGCUGAUGUGUGCGUGAUCUCCUCCAGGAACACCGGACAGAGAGCUGUGCUGAAGUUCGCCUCUGCCACCGGUGCCACCACCUUCCACGGUCGUUUCACCCCCGGUACCUUCACCAAUCAGAUCCAGGCAGCUUUCAGAGAGCCCCGUCUCCUGCUUGUGACCGACCCCCGUGCUGACCAUCAGCCCCUGACUGAGGCGUCCUACGUCAACAUUCCCACCAUCGCCCUGUGCAACACCGACUCCCCACUGAGAUACGUGGAUAUCUCCAUCCCCUGUAACAACAAGGGUCACCACUCUGUGGGUCUGAUGUGGUGGAUGUUGUCCAGAGAGGUUCUCAGGAUGAGGGGAACCAUCUCCAGGGAGCACCCAUGGGAGGUCAUGCCUGAUCUGUACUUCUACAGAGACCCUGAAGAGAUCGAGAAGGAGGAGCAGGCUGCGGCUGAGAAGGCUGUUGGAAAGGAGGAGUUCCAGGGAGAAUGGAGCGCCCCUGCUGCUGAGUUCACUCAGCCGGAGGUCGCUGACUGGUCCGAGGGAGUUGCCGUGCCAUCUGUGCCCAUCCAGCAGUUCCCUGCCCCUGCAGCUGCUGCAGCAGCCGCACCGGUCAAGCCCGCUGAGCCUUUCCCAGCUGAGCAGGACUGGAGUAACCAGCCUGCCACUGAGGACUGGUCCACGGCUCCCACUGCCCAGGCUUCUGACUGGGGUGGUGCCCCCGCUGACUGGUCUUAGAGCAGUGACUCUGGCAACAAUAAAACUAUUGUUAACUCUCUGA